AUGAGUAAAACCCAAUUCAGGGAGGUCUACGACCCGCUCGUGAGCUUGGGAUUGACUCCAACUGUCGACCUUGUCCUCGUCCACGGGGUUGACGGCGACCCCAUCAAAACUUGGACAUGGCAGGAAAAAGACUCUCCGCCAGUCUUCUGGCCGGCGGACCUCCUACCCAAAGAGCGGCCAACAACCCGCGUCCUCUCCUUCGGCUUCAACGCAGCCAUGUACCACAGCAACACGACCAGCACAAUCCGCGACCGCGCCCGCAACCUGCUCGGCCUAAUCAGUGCGCGACGCGCCGGUAGCGGAAAUCGGCCCCUUAUCCUCGUCGGCCACUGUCUCGGCGGCUUGGUCAUCAAACAAGCGCUCUGCUUCGCGAACAACGAGGAGCGGUAUCGCCCCAUCGCGUCCGCGACCAAGGCCGUCAUCUUCUUCGGCACCCCGCACAACGGAGCCGACAAGUCCAGCUGGAACCUCAUUGCUGAGGGAUAUGCUGCGCUCUUUAGGACGCUGCCCGGAAAGAGUUCCGCGGUGUCGCCGAUGGCGAACGCCAUCAUCCGGUAUGCGGACGAGCUGGAGGAGAUGAAAGAGGAUUUCGCAUGUCUGUCGCCGCGGUAUGCCAUCACCAGCUUUUAUGAGACGCACACAUGGGGCAAGACGGGCCAGCUUAUUGUGCCGAAGAUGAGUGCGCGGAUGAUGGUCCCGACGGAGGUUGCUUGUGACGUGGAGCAGGAUCAUCAAAAGAUGUGCCGGUUCGAGAAUGCUGAGAACGUCACGUUCGUGAUAUUGUGUCAUCGGAUCAAUGAGGCUGUGGCUGAGGAUACUUCUGGUGGUGCAGCUCGGGGGAAAGGGGUCAAUAGUUCCCAAACUCCGACGAAGGCGCAACUGGGACGGGAAGAGGAUACUACAGGGACAGAGAUGGUUCUGCCCUCGAAAAGACCCGAGGUUGUUGCUUCAGAUCGUCGAAGCGAUGCGCCGAGGAUGGUGCCGGAAAUUGAGCUCAAUAGGGAGGACCCGGCUGUGGAGGUUGUGAUGGAUGCAAUCAGGGGUGCGUCGGGGAAGGGGGUUGUGGUCAACAAUCUGUUUGUCGUUCCAACCCCCGUUCCUGCUAGUCAUCCCCCGGUUGUAGCGGCGGAGGUCCCUCAGAAAUCCGGGAAGCGUGGAUUUGGUAGACUUUGGAGGAGGAAGUGA